CAAUUAUCCCCGGAUCCGUUUAGCAGUCACGAAAAUUUACCCAUGGCUGACCGUCUUUAACAGUACCUCGUCGGUGCCUAUAUACAUAACCAACAACAAUGUCGUCGGUCGCGUACGAGGAAGACGUGAGAUCCGAGUGAGAUCGCGUAUAACGACGGCGAUGCCGAGGUAGUCGCCGUCGGUUUUUCUCUUCUUUCUCUUUCUUUCUCUCUUCCUCGCUCAGCGCGAAACCGAAGUGAGCGCGCGCGGGGUCAUCCGUCUGUGUGCGUGCCUGCGUGCGUGCAUGCGUGCAUGCGUGCGUGCGUGCGUGCGUGAGUGAUAUUCGCGCGGCUCGCUCCGCUGCCGAGGUGAACGCUUGCGGAAAGUCGACGGUGUCGCGGUGUCGGGAGUGUGCCCCCGUCGCCCGAUGCGCAUCCGUCCCUGUUGAGCGGGAGACUCGCGAGCGCGGAGACCCGCCGUGGACCUCCGCCUCCUGGUGCCGGACAGUGGCCCGCGAACAUGGAAGACUACAAGUUUCUCUUCAAGGUCGUGCUCGUGGGGAACGCCGGUGUGGGCAAGACCUGCCUGGUGCGACGGUUCACUCAGGGUUUAUUUCCACCUGGGCAAGGUGCAACAAUUGGAGUUGAUUUUAUGAUUAAAACUGUCGAAGUAGAAAAUGAGAAAGUCAAGUUGCAGAUUUGGGAUACUGCGGGUCAGGAAAGAUUUCGUUCCAUUACUCAAAGUUAUUAUAGAUCAGCACAUGCAUUAAUAUUAGUUUAUGAUAUUUCUUGUCAACCUACAUUCGAUUGUUUGCCAGAUUGGUUGAGGGAAAUCGAAGAAUAUGCAAGUAAUAAAGUUCUUAGGAUAUUAGUAGGAAAUAAAAUUGAUCGAGAAGACAGAGAGAUACCGACGCAUGUGGGUGAAGAUUUUGCACAAAGACAUGGCAUGUACUUCUUAGAAACGUCCGCCAAAGAGGCGGAAAAUGUAGAAAGAUUAUUUAUGGAAAUAGCAGCUGAACUCAUGGAGCAAGCACGCAGUAAGGAAUUACCUCGGUAUGAAACGAAUACAACUUCGAUAAACGGUAAAACGACGUCAAUCGGUGAUAGUAAUAAUUGCGGUUGUAGCAGGCUCUCUUAAGUAAUUUUUGUAAUGUUAUAUUACAUCUUUUUUUAUAGACACGGUGAUUGAAAUCAAGCGUCACUAUUUGAUAAUUUAGGAAACAUCUAGUACAUAUAUAUCUUUGAUAUGCAGUGUUAUUGUUUAGUGUUAUGAUAUUAUAUACUAUGUUGCUUUAUACUAUGUUGUAAGAUGUAUCUAAUAUUUAAAUAUGUCAUUAAGCUUAUAUAGGAUAUUAAAUUUUUAUAGAUAUUAU